GGCUGUCAGCAGGUUCUUCCUAAGGAUUCUAGAAGGGGGAUCUGACCAGAUGCCUUGGCAUAGCGAUGGAGGCCUCCUCUUAACGCCCCUCAUCCACAGCGUCUGCUCAGUUUUUCUAUUUUUAUAAGGAUGCCAAUUUGUUGGCUCAGGGUCCCAUCCCUGAUCUCCUAAGAGCCCCUAUCAUCUGGGUAUAGAGCACGGCUUCAGUGUAUGAACAAGGUGCGGUUUACUCUGCAGCAGACACAUGUGUAGUGAAUGAAGAGCAGGGAGGGCAGGAAGAUACGGCCCCUGUUGCUUUUUCUUUCUCAAGUUACUUUGUUCUAGGAGGGAAAGACCUGGGUUGACGGCUCUUCAGAGUUUAGAAGGGGUCAGAGCACCCCUCUCCUAGGACCCCUGGUUUCCUGCUGUGUGAAGAGGUGCUUUUCCUGCUCUGAGGAUGCAUUUUCUUGUCCCAGUUCACCAGGCAUUUAAAUGUGAACAAGAAAUCUGUUUCUGCGGGGCUCAGCUUCUCAGGGGCAGUUGAGGUCACCCUCCCUCAGGGAGAUGAGCCCACCAGCCAGCUCCUGGGUUCUGGUCACGAGCUUCUAGCAGGUGCUUCCUCCCAGCACACUUCCACAGGACCAAGGCAGAGCCACAAAGGCUGCCGUCACACCAUUCUGCAGGGAGGAGAGUGUUUCCCAGCUGGCAAGGGCCCCAGGAGCAGUGGCUGUGGGAAGCAAAUUGCUGCAGGUCGCAAGCAAUGGUCUGGACUUCUAUUCUGAUCAUGCUGCUGGCCCACCUCACAGGUUGUGGCCCUCAGCCCGUGUUGCAUCAACCACCAUCUGCCUCUUCCUCGCUUGGAACCACCAUUCAUCUCACCUGUGCCCUGAGCAGCAACCAUAACAUCGACAUUUACGGCAUUUACUGGUUCCAGAUGAGGCCAGGUCACCCUCCCAGGUUCCUGCUGGAUCAUUUCUCACACUCAGACAAGCACCAGGGUCCCAAGACACCCACUCGCUUCUCCGGAUCCAAAGAUGUGGCCAGGAACCUGGUGUAUCUGAGCAUCUCUGAACUGAAGCCUGAAGACGAGGCUGUGUAUUACUGUGCCAUGGGGCCCCGGAGCCAGGAAAGGGAGAAGUGGGUGGAGAGGGAGUGAGGAGAAGAAAAGUUGUUCCAGAUUCGGGAUCCCAGGCUCUAGAGGCAUUCAGACCCUGAACUUUAGGUGCAGUUUGCUUUGCUCGGCUAGGCUGGUAUAGGGAGGAGGGGUAGAGCAUGGGGCUUCGCAGAGCCAAGGAGAUGGAGCCAUUCAGCUUUCCCUUGUCUUGCAGUGUUGUUGUGAGCCCCACUGGAGGCUGGGUUAUAGAAUUAAAGCUGUUUCUCUGA